GACAGACAGAGAUGAGAGAGAGAGACAAGUCAUUGUAGAAAGAAAGCCAAGAAAGAAAAGAGAAAAUGAGUAGAACUCAGAAAAAAAAGAGAGAAAAACACCACCAACAACAGCAACACUUGAUAUAAGAAGAAGGCAACUCAAGAAGAAGAUAGAGAGAUUACUUCUACUAGUAGUAGAAACAGCACAAGAAGAAAAUCUCAUUUUUGAUUCUCACUGUUUUAGAUCUCUCUCUUUCUUUCUUUACAGACUAUACACACACGGACGGAUAAGCAACAGCACAGACAAAACAAAAGAGAAAGAAUCAUUUCAGACACUUCAGAGGAGAUACAUCAGAAGAAAAACCAAACUACAAUCAAUCAUCGAUCUCCUCUCUCUAUGUAUUGUAUUAUUAUUCACUUUUAAGACUACCCACCAAAAGAAGAAGAGCAAAAUUGUUGUUGUUGUGAGAGGGAGGAAGAAACUGGAGAGAUGGGUUGUUGCCAGUCGUCAUUUUUAAGAGAAACCCAUCCAGAAAAACUGCAGAAAAAUCGAGGGUUAUCAUUAAAUCCGUCUAUAAUAAAUACUACUGGUGGUGAUUCUGACCAAGGUGGUGGUGGUGGUGUUGUUGGAGGUGUAACACCAGUGUUUUCUGAGUAUUCUUUCACAGACCUUAAAGCUGCUACUAAUAAUUUCAGUUCAGAUUAUAUAGUUUCAGAGAGUGGUGAAAAAGCCCCUAAUCUUGUUUAUAAGGGUCGUCUUCAAAAUCGUCGUUGGAUCGCUGUUAAGAAAUUUACUAAGUUAGCUUGGCCUGAUCCUAAACAAUUUGUGGAAGAAGCAUCUGGGGUUGGGAGGUUGAGACAUAGAAGACUAGCUAAUCUGAUUGGGUACUGUUGUGACGGGGAUGAGAGAUUGCUUGUUGCUGAGUAUAUGCCUAAUGAUACCCUUGCAAAGCAUUUAUUUCACUGGGAAAGUCAAACUAUUGAGUGGGCCAUGCGUCUAAGAGUUGCUCUGUACAUUGCUGAGGCCUUAGAGUAUUGUAGUACCAAAGGGCAUAAACUGUAUCAUGACCUGAAUGCUUACCGGGUUCUCUUUGAUGAGGAUGGUGAUCCUCGGCUUUCUUGUUUUGGUCUCAUGAAAAAUAGUAGGGACGGAAAGAGUUACAGCACGAAUCUUGCUUACACCCCUCCAGAGUAUCUAAGGAACGGAAGGGUUACCCCUGAAAGUGUAAUCUUCAGCUGUGGCACUAUUCUCUUGGAUCUUCUUAGUGGAAAGCAUAUCCCUCCAAGUCAUGCUCUUGAUAUGAUACGUGGCAAAAACAUCCUCCUCCUCAUGGAUUCACAUUUAGAGGGAAAAUUUUCAACAGAAGAGGCAACUGUGGUUGUUGGCCUUGCUUCUGAGUGUUUACAGUAUGAACCUAGAGAGAGACCCAAUUUGCAAAAGCUUGUCGAGACUUUGGAGCCACUUCAGCCAAAACCUGAAGUUCCAUCUUAUGUGAUGCUAGGCAUACCAAAGCAGGAGGAAGCCCCUGCGACCCCCCAACGUCCGCUCUCCCCAAUGGGUGAGGCAUGUCAACGUAUGGAUCUAACGGCUAUCCAUCAGAUUUUGGUGACGUCACACUACAGAGACGAUGAAGGAACUAAUGAGUUAUCUUUCCAAGAGUGGACACAACAAAUGAGAGAUAUGUUGGAAGCAAGGAAGCGUGGGGACUUCGCCUUCCGUGACAAAGAUUUUAAAACUGCUAUAGACUGUUACUCUCAGUUUAUUGAUGUGGGGACGAUGGUUUCACCGACCGUUUAUGCAAGACGUAGUCUCUGCCAUCUCCUCAGCGACCAGCCAGAUGCAGCUCUCCGGGAUGCUAUGCAAGCACAAUGUGUAUACCCUGAUUGGCCCACAGCUUUCUAUAUGCAGGCAGUUGCCUUGGCUAAACUGAACAUGGACAAGGAUGCAGCGGACAUGUUGAAUGAGGCCGCUGGAUUAGAAGAAAAGAGGCAACGAAGAUAAUCACAAUUCUUAUAAAUUAGUUGCAACUAAUAAUGUAAUCACCAUUGCAUUAUCUAUUAUCAUUGAUACAGAAAACACACUCAAAAUCUGUAACUUAUAUGGGGGAUUGGCUUGGCUUCAAUGAGAAAAUUGUAUUAUAUUGAGAGUAAACACCUGUUACUUUUUUCUUCUUCUUUACAUCUAUGUAUGUGAUUCAUUAUUUA